GACUAGCUAGGCUCUCCGGUUUCUUCCGCCUUCGCCUGUAAGAGGUCUCAGUCUCCCCCACUACCGCCCCCCUCUGGACGGGAGGAGCAGCUCCUCGUCUUACAUGCUGUUGCUAGGAUACAGAGCAUUACAGUGUAGCUGAAGAUCAAAUACUCUGCAGCAAAGUAACUAAAGUUAGUUCAGUCCGUGAAAAGAGUAAUAAUCAACAAGAUGACUGCAGCAUCCUAUAAAUUUGAUAAUGGACAGAGAUAUCCUACCAAAUGUUUCCCCGCCCGGACAUUACUCCAUCGAAGAAAAGAAGGUGCUGGUCAUUGGCUUGUGGAUUACAGGAAGGCAGAGGAGCAGAAAUACAGCAAUGUGCACAGAAGAAUAAUAGAGACUUACAAUAAAUGUGAGAGCAGGGAGGUCGAUGCUCCUCAUGGUAACACGUUAGAUGGACCUUUCCUGCUCCAGUUACAUUGUGUUGAUAAGCCGUCUGAGCUCUGCUCGGUUGACAUCAGUGAGCAGAAACUGAAUUCUGUCAAGUCAGAAGACCUCAAGGUGUUUGACAAUGUGGCUUACAUCGAUGCGUCUGUUAACUCCCUCUCUUUAGAGUCUUUCAGCAGUUUUGUUUCUUUAAGAGAACUCAAUCUGUCAUUAAACGGGCUUUGCAACAUGACGUUUCAAGCUGCUGACUUCCCUCAUCUCGAGGUUUUGGAUUUAUCCUACAACAGUUUGUCAGCUGAUGAUAUUGUUUCCAUUGGUCGCCUUCCACGUCUAAAAGUCCUUCAUCUGACUGGAAAUCAGCUUCAUCAUCUUCCUCCUAAUCUGGGAUCUUCCAACGCCACCCAUCUGCUAGCUAAAGAAGAAGACACACAGUUUAAAACUCUUGAAGUCCUGAUCCUUGAUGAUAACAAACUGACUUCUGGAGUCUUCAACAGUCUUGCAAACCUUGAGAGGCUAAAGUAUUUAAACCUGCAGGGGAACCGCAUUUCUGAAAUACCAUGUUUGCAACUAAUGGACUGUUUGAAACCUUUGGAGACUUCUGCUGAAGAAGAAGUGGGACAUGCUUCCACUGAGCCAAAUCAUAACACCGAUGAACAUCUCAAGAGACUCUCAGAGCAGGAAAAUUGGGAGGAGUGCUGCAAAGGAUCCAGUGUGCCACUUCCAGAGCUUCAGUUCCUCAAUUUAGCCAACAACAAGAUUGCCGAGGAAGAAGCGCUGAUGGCUGCCGCUCUUUUCCCAGUUCUUCGAGAAAUUGACAUUCACUCCAACCCUCUGACCACUCAGAGAAGUGGAGACCCUCCUUUACUGACCCAUUACCUCCAAGAGCGACUGGGGAUAACAAUAAAGCGUAAGAAGACAAAGAAAGUCGUUAAGCUCCCACUGAAGGUGUCAACAGAUCCAAAAUGGAAGGUGGAAGAAAGAGUCCCAAAGGAGUCAAAGAAGCCACCAUUGAUGGAUGUUCCUUGUCGUGCUCCGGUUGAGAAAAGUGAGUUGACUGGUAAGAGAACACCAGUAUCUGAGGGUGAGAAUAGCGAAGACGACACCUUCCAGGAAAACACAGAGCAGUUCUUUGUUACUCAGGCAACAGAUGUUCGUGAAUUUGAGUUUGAUCUUCGAGCUGAUGAGAAAGAAACUGCAGAGAACAAGGACAGAAACAAGGACAGAAUCAUUCCUGAAGAAUUCACGAGCUACGAAACGUUGAUGGAUGCAAAACCAAACUGUGAUGUGGUGGAGCCCGUUGGAAUUCAAACAGCUGUUCGGAUGCUGGAACACACACUGAAGAAUCUUAAUGUUUACAGAGACUCGAAACCAAAGCUUGAUUGCAUCCAGACACCGUACAGAGAAAGAGAGAAAAAGAUUAAGCAACUUCCACCUUUGAAACCCAUAAAGCAGCCAACUGAGAGGGUUGAUGAAAUGAUCAAGGAAAUCAAAGAGAGCACAACCAUAAAAGCAGUUCCCUUAAGCAGCGCCAUACACGACACAGGCGUUAACAAGCGGGAAGCUCUAUCGCUGCUGAGGGAUAUGAAGACAAAGUACAAGAUGGUCCACAAGAAAACGAUGGAACAAGCAACCAGCAUUGAGUCUGAUAGAAACACCAACCGAAACAGAGCUGAAACUAUACCUGAAUUGCCUUGAAUAACACCUUGGAAAUGUCCAGAUACAAUUGGUGUGAGUGGAAUUUAUUGUGAAGAAUAAUAUAUCAGAAAUAAAAGUAGUGGUGAGUGAAUCUUGCAUGUUGAUUGAUUAUUCAUAGAUGAAAUGAAACUGCCUGUAAAAACCAAAUUCAUUUAGUUAUCAACAACAAACCCAUAGUCUAGCCCAGUGGUUCCCAACCUUUUUCCUAAAAGGACCCCUUUUUCUAUCAAUGAGUAAACCGACGACUUCUGACUAAGUGACAUAUUUUAUGGAUAUUUCAUAUUAUAUUAAAUGCAUCUCAACAGCAUUACAGUGCAAAACAACUGAUAAACUGCAUGAAUCCAAGUAGUAACCCAACGCAAUAAAUGCAGGACGAUGCUGCUCUGACUUCCUUCUUUAAUUUCACUUUCCAUCUUCUGACCAGUGAAGACAAACAACAGAACUGUUUACUUUCAUUAAAUAAUUUAAUAAAUCCACAA